ACAACAGCAAUAACAACAACAACAAUAACGACCUUAACCAAAGACAAUGCGAUAGAUGCCAAAGAACGAACCAAUGAUUAUAGCUUUAACAGUGGCAGCGGAAACAAUGAUACUUUAAGAUACAACAAUAACGAAAGGCACUUGCAAUACGACCACAAGAAAUCUCAAGUAGAUCCGGGCGUGCAUGAGCAAGCUUUACAAACUACAAAUGAGACAAAAACGAUGAUAAGCAGUAGUACAGGUGUUAUUAUAACAGACACCGUAGCUCAUGCACCACCUUCACUAAUCGGAAGCGGAAGUGUUACCACUGGUAGUGGUAAUAAUAACGGAACAACACGUUCAUUUAAGACACGUACCCUACCAUCGGGCUUUAUAACACCGGUGGGGUCAGUUGUUACCGCUAGUAAGCGUAAUUAUAAUAAUUUAGCAGAUGGUGUGGAUUUGGUGGAUGAUACAAAACCCGAUUUUCAUACGAAAGGUAAAAAGAACAACAACAAUAGCAAUUAUAAGGAACGUCGCCAGCGUAGGCACAAAAAAAUGGGUGCCAGCAGUAGUGGUGGUGACGGCGAUUGUACUGCAACAGUGAAAGGUUUAUCCAACUCUAGCAUAGUAGACGACAUCGAAAUGCAUCUCGGUUUGACAGGAUGGCGUAAGAAAUGCCUUUAUAUUCUGUUAUUGUUGCUAAUGCUAUUAAUUAUCACCAAUUUGGUUCUAACGCUUUGGAUACUUAAAGUCAUGGAAUUCUCAACGGAAGGCAUGGGUCAACUUAAAAUCGUUCCUGGCGGCAUACAGUUAAACGGACAAUCCCUAAUAAUGGAUAUGCUAAGAGCGUCUACCAUACGCUCACGACAUGGUCAACCCAUAUCUAUAGAGUCAUCACGUAAUUUUUCAAUCAAUACACGUGACAUGAAUGGCAUGCUCGAAAAUCAUUUAUUCCUCGGGCACGAUAAGCUCGAAUGCUUGACUAAAGGAUUUCGCAUCAAUGACACUGCCGGUCGAAAUUUAUUUUCUGUAAAUCGCAAUGAAGUCACCAUAGGUGCUCAUGCGUUGCGUAUUGAAGGUGAGGGUGGUGCCAUAUUUCGGGAAUCUAUACAGACACCGCAUCUACGUGCCGAACCUGGACGUGAAUUAAGGUAA